AUGAAUCGUCAUGCCAAUAUACGUGCACAAAUCGCUCCGUACAGAAAGCCACCAUUUCGCGGUGGUGUCGGUGGAGGGGGCGGAGGAGGCUGCGGCGGCGGCAUGGGAAACAACAAUAUUAUGUACUCGUCCAGUCAGAUGCCAAACGAUUCUCUGUACAUAGACUUCAAUAAUCCCGUGCCAGUUUCACCGAAAUCUGCUACUCCACCUGCCCAAUCCCAUCAGGAGAUGGGUCAAAAAAAAAAGCCACAAAUGCGAGGUAAACUGCAAAAAACACAACAACAGCAACAGCAGCACCACCAUCACCAUCAUCAUCAUCAUCACCAACACCAACAAAUGGCGCCAUAUCCUAACCAAAUGAAUGGGAAUGGGCACGGGCAACGGUUUCAUCCACAUCCACAGCCCAAUCGUUAUAAUGGCUGUAUGUCAUUUAAUCGAGGACCACCGAAUCGUGGAGGCGGACGCCACAUGAUGAUACCACCGCAUAUGUGCCCUUGUCCAAGAGGCAUGGGACCAGGACCACGCGGCAAUCAACCGUAUCCACCGAUGCCUUUUCAAACACAAAUGCCACCCAUGCGCGGACCACUUCCACCCCCACCACCAAUACCACCGCCAGCAUUCAUGCGUCGUAAUGGACGUAUGGGUGGCGGACCACCACCACCACCAAUGCCCCCACAGAUGAUGGGACCACGCGGUAUUCCACCCAUGGGCGGACCAUUUAACAUGCCCAUUAACGGUAUUGGCGGCAAAAUUAAGAAACCCAAUCACAAGCUCAUCAAACAGGUCGUCAAGGGCAAGAGCACCAUUAAAACGCUUAAGAAUCUGGUCAAUCAAUAUCCCAUCGAUAAGCCGUGGGUGCACAAGGAGCUCCUAGCCGCAUACAAUACAAAACUGGAUAUUGAGAAUCGGUUGAAGGGCAACAAGGAUGAUGAACUCUUUGCCCAAUUCAAGGUGCAACGUGACAAAUUUGUGGCCAUGUAUGAAUCGGCGCGAGAGAACUAUCUAAAACAGGAGGCAGCAUCUGUUAUGGUUUCCAAGGAUGCCAAAGACAAAAAGGUCGGAAAUGCAAAUGAUGCAAAAGGUUAAUUGAAAGCAACAGCAAAUCAAGAACAAGGCUGAAGACAAAAAGAA